UGUUUGGAUAUUUUUGAUGUUCGUGUUUUUCCUCGUCUAGUUUUCACGGAGGUGAGGUCUGGGAGUGAAAUGCCAGGACCUGCCAGUGGUUCUUCCUUGGUAACGUUGCUGCCGAACCUCAACUUCCAUGUUUUACAGUCUCAUGGAGAAGGGUUGAUUUUUUGCGAUAAUGCGGUAAAAGAGUUUCCAUGGAGGGAAGAGAAGCGUGGGGGUUUGCCACAACUUCCGUUUCGGCGUCCUGUUGCUCACGAGUUCUCUUUGCUGAGUGGUUCCCGUGGUGCGAUAAAGUCGUUUCUUGCAGAGGGUGGGUGUUUAUUCUUGCUUUGUGGUACGGGAAAGGUUUCAGCAGAACUCCACAAGAUGUGUGCUGCCGCCGUAAAUGAGGCUAGUCUCUGGUGGUCGCAAGAAAUAGGACUUUUUUCGGAGCGACUGAAGAACCGUUUGACGUCAUCUUCACGGGGAACUUUGGCUCCUACCGAUUGUUUUGCUUCUGAACAGGUGCCCGGAAAUCCUCAUUGGUCUACUACAUCGGACGUUUGGGCUUCCGUGACGCCUGCAGCAACUUUGGUGGAGUCGUCUGCGGCGGCAACGAAUGAGCAGAUGCCUUAUUUACCUGUUUAUUUUUUUGACGCCGUUGUAGAGGAGACUGCGAUGGGCAAUGAUCUUGAAGCAGAGUCUCAGAAUGGGAGUGAUGGUGGUGAAGGCCACACUAGCAGCGCAUGUAAAGAGGAAAAAGCUUUGCUGCAGGAAUACGUUCUCUCUGAGGUGCUUGAGGAUGCGCAUCUGCUGCCACCGGUUGAAGGAGAACCGUUCCUUCUUUGCGUUCAAUGGCCUGGACGACGCGCUGCCGUGCUUCGACAAAAAUUUGAAUAUGAAAAUGGUUCAGGACCGGCAUCUGCAAUAUCCCUGCGUUCAUCCUGCAGCACUGGUACUAAUGCACCACAUUCUAACAGUUAUGUGACAUCAGGGAACGCAAUGUUAUUGGAUGCACGGCAGGUGGGCAUGGCUGCGUCUUCAGGAGCCUCUACGGUGCCAUGCCAAUGUCCUGGCUAUCUUUCUGCCGCAAUGCGGUUGGAACCUUCACCAGGGCUGUAUUCGUCGAAUCCACUGUGCUCAGUGCCACAUGUGAAGGCAUUUAUAGCUCAGCAUGCUGUGUGGCGACGUCGUUAA